AACGGAGGUUCCCACGCUCCUCCUCGUCUACGCCGACAACACAGGAAACUCCUGGGCAUCUAGACGACACGCUGGAGUCAUCUUCCAUCCUGGCCCCGGAGCGGGACCGCCCCUCUCCCUCUCCCUCACCCUGUCCCACCCCACCUCCAUCUCCUCCACGCUCUCCACCGCCCUCUCCUCCUCCUGUACCAGUCCUGACCCCACAUUUGCCCCUUCCAGCAGUUCGCAAAGCAGUGGAAGAUGGCGAGGGAACGACGGAAGAGAGGGCCCACGGCAGUCAGGCCUCAGCAGACUCUUUCUGCAGGGUCAUGGACCUUCUUGGGAUGGGACACCGGCUCUUCGUCCCCAGGCUGCUGGCGACGUCUAAAGAGGACCUGUUGCAGGCAGACUUCGAGGGGGCUCUCAAGUUCUUCAGAGUCCAGCUCCCCAAACGAUACAGAGCUGCAGAGAACGCCCGAAGGCUCAUGGAGCAGGCCUGCAACAUCAAGCAAGCGGGAGUCAAGAUGAUGCAGGAGGUGUCUAUCAUGGUGGCGUACGAUGCUCACGUAGUCGACCGACCGGGCGAGGAGGACGCCUUGGCGUGCUUGGUUGCCCAUUCCAGACCUCGCCGAGCUCCCAGACCAGUG